AUGUCAAUCAUUUGCAAAGAACAUGGCUUUGAGAUAACCACAGAUUUCCUGCACUAUCCCUAUGUCUAUAAGUUUGAUGUCAAACCAUCUGAGGGCUUGGAUUUACCGCCGAUAACUAUCUGUACGGAAAGGGAUGUGUUUUUCGAUAAGACACCGUUUGUCCGACACUUUAAUAUAAGCCAGAAAUACGAGUCAUACAAACUGUCGGCUAAACAACAGUCAAACGAUUUACUUUGGAAUAUGUUUCACUAUCUCAUUGACGACGACUUCGUUCAGUUUGACAUCAAUUAUGAAACGCAACAAAAGUUUCUAAUUAACGGUUAUUUUGAAACAAAUCCAAAAAAAUUGGGUAAAUUACUUGAAUACCAAAUGGAUUUUGCCGAAAUCCAAGAAAAAUUGUAUUCCUCCGACUAUUUCCGGUUCUAUAUAUUGACUUCACCCCCUCACCCCUCACAUAUGGUAUCUCCUGAUGAAUGGAUUCAUACGAAGAGAAUUGGAUUGAAUGCGAGACUGAAGAUAACGACAACUCAUUUCCAUUUGCUGUCCAAUCCUUAUAUGAAGAGAUGUCUGGAAACCGAGAAUUGGAUUGAAUGCGAGACUCAAGAUAACGACAACUCAUUUCCAUUUGCUGUCCAAUCCUUAUAUGAAGAGAUGUCUGGAAACCGCAUUGAGAUGCCAUAA